UGGCGCCGCCGGCCAUGUGCUCCGUGUGGUUUACGGUGCUGGUGUGCUUCAAAUCUUGAGGAAGUGAUAAAAUAGUGUUGCGAAUACACGGCGCUGAAACUGUGCGAGCAUAGCUCGCAUUCGGCGAUGGAUCUCGAGAAAAUCCCUCACCGCUUUGUGGACGGCAUCAGCUUUAGCGUGUUCAGCACCGAAGAGCUGCUGCGACAAGGCGUGCUCGAAGUGACUUGCGCCGAAACAUUCGACAUCGUCGGACACCCGACGAAAGGCGGCCUCCACGAUGCCCUGCUUGGGCCCAGUGAUCGUGAUGAAGUGUGUGCCACCUGUGGCCUUGGCUUCACUCACUGCCCUGGUCACAUUGGUUACAUCAAGCUGCCCCUGCUUGUGUUCAAUCCUGUGUUCCUCAGGACUCUCUAUCAGUUGCUCCGAGGCAGCUGCUUCUCCUGCCACCGUUUGCUUUCGCCUCCGGUUGCCUGCCAGGUGACACUGGCGCAGCUUCAGGUGCUCCAGUACGGCGCAGUUGGUACAGUGCAAGAACUGCAGGACAUUGCCAACGAGACCAUGGCCGACGACGACGACAAGGGUCGGCUCACUCACCGGGGAGCCAUUAGGGCUGCACUUCAGCGACGCAUCGAGCAGUGCGUGGCAUCGGUCAUCGACGGUGUUGGCGACAUGGAAGAGGCUCGUCGUGCAGCAGGCGUGAAGAAUGUUGUGGAGUGUAGACAACGCAUCGUGAAGACUUUCAUCCGCGAACACCUCAUGGGAGCGCCACGCAAGUGCCCGCACUGCGGUGAGCUGCGCCGGGCCAUGACCAUCCAGAACAACAGCCGCUUUGUGUACACCAGCAAGAUCCGACCGAUUGUGAAAGCACCCACCCUGUCUGUGCCGAUUAGGCGUGCGCACAACAGCUUUGAGGAAGAGGACGAUGUUGUGGCCGAGGAAGAAGAGGAGCGCCAGGCCCAGCAGAAGCGGGCCGAGGAGGAGGCAGUGAGCGGGGCCCUGUCGUACUUGACGCCCGUGGAGGCCCGUGCCCAUCUGCGCGAGCUGUGGACCAAGGAGCGGCCUCUGCUGCAGAACCUGUUUGGCAUCCUCGCCCUUGCAUCCAGCUCGCACGAGAGCCCCGUCGACAUGUUCUUCCUCGAGGCCCUGGUCGUGCCUCCGACACGGUUUCGCCCGAUGAACUUCAUGAAUGGCCGCAAGUACGAGAAUGCGCAGACAGUGAGCCUGUCGCGAGUGCUGCAGUGCUGUGACACCCUGCGCGCAGUACUCAAGCUGCUUGCGCGCAGAGGCACAGACCAGUCUGAACGGCCCGAAGACCAGAUGGAGACUGAACGGCUUGAGCAACUGGUGAGCAAAGUGAUGGGCAAGGACUUGGAUGCCAAGAUGCACUUUGCCUGGAAUGCACUGCAAGUGGCAGUCAACGUCGUCGUGGACAGUGAGCUUGAUCGUCUCAACACCAACAAGGGCACACCAGGCAUCAAGCAGAUCCUGGAAAAGAAAGAGGGAUUGUUCCGUAAGCACAUGAUGGGCAAGCGUGUCAACUACGCGGCACGCUCGGUGAUCUCGCCAGAUCCAUACAUUGAUGUGGAGGAGAUCGGUGUGCCCAUGGUGUUUGCCACCAAGCUGUCGUACCCGGAGCCCGUUACCGAGCGCAACAUAGCCGAGUUGAGAAGAGCGGUCAUCAAUGGCCCGGACGUUUACCCAGGGGCUCUGCUGGUGGAACGUGAGGACGGUGGGGUGAUCCGACUGGACCCGACCAAUCGCACGCGGCGGGAGGCAGUGGCCAAGCAGCUGCUCACUCCGACCGAGGCACCCCAGCGCACGUUCGCCCGCUCCAAGAUCGUGCACCGGCACUUGCGGCAGGGCGACAUGCUGCUGCUCAACCGGCAGCCGACAUUGCACAAGCCCAGCAUCAUGGCUCACAGGGCACGUGUGCUGCCAGGAGAGCGGACCCUACGGCUGCACUAUGCCAACUGCAAGUGCUACAACGCCGACUUUGACGGGGACGAGAUGAAUGCCCACCUGCCCCAGAGUCCCCUGGCACAAGCCGAGGCCUCCGAGGUGGCCAGCGUCAACCGGCAGUACCUGGUGCCCAAGGACGGCACACCACUCAGUGGGCUCAUCCAAGACCACGUCAUUGGGGGAUCUCUCCUCACCAUGCAGGGGCGCUUCUUCACCAGAGAGGACUACAACCAGCUUGUGUUUGGAGCCCUGACUUUUGUCAAGAUAGGCAUCAAGCUCCUGCCACCGGCCAUCCAAAAGCCAGAGAUGCUGUGGACAGGCAAGCAGGUGCUGUCAACUGUGCUGCUCAACUGCAUACCACAUGGCAAGCCACCUCCUACAGUUGAAGGCAAGGCCAAAAUUCCAGCCAAGGCAUGGCCGAAAGGUGGCGAAGCUGAGGCCAACAUGAACGAAGGUGACGUGGUCAUUCGAGAUGGCGAGCUUCUCUGCGGCAUCCUCGACAAGGCUCACUACGGUCCAACCCAGUUCGGUCUGGUGCAUGUCUGCUACGAGCUGUACGGAGGUGCGGUAUCCAGCUUGGUGCUGAGUGCUUUUGCAAGGCUGUUCACGCACUACCUGCAAAUUUUUUCUGGCUUCACCCUCGGGAUUGAAGACAUCCUGGUCACCGACAAAGCUGACAGGAAGCGCAAGCGCAUCAUGAAGAAGGCCAAGACACAAGGCGAUGAGGUGGCUAUCAAGGCCCUUGGACUUGAGAACGAGGAUGAGCUGGAUGCCAUCCAGCUGGAGGACAGGCUGAGGGCGGCGCACGUGGCGCGCAAUGACCGACAAAUGAAGCAGCUCGACUCCAGCAUGAAGUCGGUCACCGACGAUGUCAACAAUCAGAUCAACAGGGCCUGCAUUCCAGAUGGCCUGCUGAAAAAGUUUCCCAGUAACAACCUACAGCUGAUGGUGCAGUCUGGGGCCAAGGGAGGAAUGGUGAACUGCAUGCAGAUCUCGUGCUUGCUGGGCCAGAUUGAACUGGAAGGGCGCCGAGUGCCACUUAUGCUCAGUGGACGCACGUUGCCGUCCUUUCUGCACUACGACACAUCACCACGGGCAGGUGGCUUCGUGGACGGCCGUUUUCUGACGGGCAUCCGGCCACAGGAGUAUUUCUUCCACUGCAUGGCCGGACGUGAGGGUUUGGUGGACACGGCUGUGAAGACCAGCCGCAGUGGCUACCUGCAACGCUGCCUCAUUAAGCACCUCGAGGGGCUUAUGGUCUGCUAUGAUCAGACGGUCAGGGACAGUGAUGGAAGUGUCAUACAGUUCCAAUACGGAGAAGACGGCCUGGAUGUGCUCAAAAUGCAGAUGCUCAAGCCAAGCCAGUUUCCCGUGCUCAUCAAGAAUAGCCAAGCGGUCAUCAACAGGGACGACAUUGAGCAAUGCGAACGUGCCACUGACCAUGACGAACUGCGCAGGUUGAAGAGAGCGGUGCGCAAAUGGAGAAAGAAAGUGGACGAAGACGCUGAAAGCGAAUCGCGCAGGCAGAGUGCUUUCACCCUCUUCUCUAAAACCCAAGGGUCGUUAGUGCGUGACGAGCACUUGAGCCGCUUCCACAAUGCAACUUCCGAGACUGCUCGUCAGGCCAUCUUGGAGGCCUACUUCAACCUUGACGAAAGGACACAUCACAAGCUCAACAAAUCCAUUGUGAAGCGUGCAGACCCGGUCUGUUCCAAGCUGAGGAGCGACGUUCAUCUUGGGGCUGUGUCUGAACGGCUGGACACAUUAAUCGAAGACUACGUUGAGAGAAAUCCUCAUGGCCUGCUCUUGGCAGAUGAAUCAGAAGGGCAAGGCAUGGAGAAGAAGACUGUCACCGCGGAUGAGUUCCGGAAACUGGUCUACAUGCGGAACAUGAAAGCCAUCUGUGACCCGGGUGAACCGGUGGGCCUGCUGGCUGCUCAGAGCAUUGGUGAGCCCUCGACACAGAUGACGCUGAACACGUUUCACUUUGCGGGUCGAGGCGAGAUGAACGUGACUCUGGGGAUCCCACGGAUGAGGGAAAUCCUCAUGGUAGCCAGUGCCAACAUUGCCACGCCAACCAUGGAUCUACAUUUGCUACAGCAGCCAGACAUUGAGCAGCGCGCUGAAGAGCUUCGGGUCAAGAUCACCGCUGUCAACCUCUCACAGGUGCUCGAGGAAGUGUCCGUCAAGGAGAUGCUGCACGUCAAGGGACGGUCGGAACGGUACCGUAGGUACCGGGUCCACUUUAAAUUUUUGCCCCGGCGAGCAUACCGCAAGAAGCUGCAGGCUACGCCAGCUCGCAUCCUACGCUACAUGGAGACCACUUUCCUCAGACGGCUCAUCGAUGCCAUCAAGCGCAAAAUGGAGCAAGUCUCUUCAGAGAGGGUGACACGCACGACCAAAGCUCGAGAACGUCGGGGUGAGGAGGCCGGCUUGGCGGAGGACGCUGGCAUGGCGCCACCGUGUCCAGAUGCAGACGAGGGAGGUGAGAGUUCGGACGAGGGCGAAGGGGACGGCGACACGGUGGCCCGACAGGCUGCUGCCCGCCACACCCAGGAGAGGGAGUACGAGGAGGCCGAAGAGGAAGAGCGCGUCGCUGCCCUAUCCGAUGAAGAGAUGCUUGAUGGCGAGACUGUGCCCCCUGCUGAGUCUUCUCUGCUGUCAGCCGAAGAAGGAGCCACUUCCGAUGACAUCUUUGUCUCGCUCCAAGAGACGGUUCGUGAUGAGAAGGCCGAGAAGCUGAAGCAAGCCAGGAUUUUUUCAGUGGUGAAGUACAACACCUGGGUCCUGGAGUACGACUAUGACGAUGCCAAGGAAGAGUGGUGUACGUUUACAUUUCAGCUUGAGCUGAAAGGAAGCAAGUUUGACUUUGCCUCACUGGUGGAAGAAGAGUCUGCGAAGGCAGUCUUCCAUUCCGUGCCUAACAUUGCACGGGCCUUCCUAGUCAAGGACACCAAGGACAAGUCGGGGUGCGGGAAGAUGCUCCAGACGGAAGGUGUCAACUUUGUGGAGAUGUUCCGAUAUGGCGAAAUAAUUGAUCUGAAGCGCAUCUACAGCAACGACAUUCAUGCCAUUGCCAACACAUUUGGAAUUGAAGCUGCAAGAACAGCAAUAGCUCGGGAGGUGGCCAACGUGUUUGCCGUGUAUGGCAUUGAGGUAGAUCCGAGGCACCUGCUGCUUGUCGCAGACUACAUGACGUUUGACGGCAGCUACCGUGCGUGCAACCGCAUUGCCAUGGAGAACAACGCCUCGCCCCUGCAGCAGAUGACCUUCGAGACGACCAUGAACUUUCUCAAGUCGGCUACCCUGGCCGGUACGGAAGACCACCUCAACUCCCCAUCCGCUCGUCUUGUGGUGGGCCGGGUGGUGCCUCUGGGCACAGGUUGCAUGCAGCUGCGGCAGCCCCAGACUCCGAACUUCAAGCUGCGCUCUCGUUAGACACUUCGCUGGACUGGUAGGGCGAUUGCAGAAAAUGGUGUCUGCAUCGGGUUCACACUUUGUUUUAAUAAACUGGUUUGCUUGUUUAUUUGCAGUC